UUGAUUAGCAGUGGUGUAAUUAAUAUGAUCUUGGUGUCGCACGUCGCAUCUUGUGUCAGGAUUGGCUCGACGAACUUGCGGAUGUUGGCCUCGAAAGUGAGCAAGGGUACGUAUUUUUAUUCGAUGUCGCCGAUGAAGCAGGCAUCGUUCACACCAAGGAAUAUGAUGAAGAGGAGAGUUCGUGGCGCGUUGGGUGAUGUUGCGCGAACGGUUAUGCGACCGAAGUCAGGGAGGAGACGGGUGGGUGUG